AUGGCGACUCCGGCUCCGUUCAUCUACUGCCCCCCCGCCGGCGACGCCGACGACGCCGACGAGAAGGCCCUCAUCAAGGCGGCCGCGGACGGCAACCUCGGCCGGCUCAAAGGUAUUGUAAAGCGUCUUACCAAAGGAAAUGGUGACCGGUCGGCAAUUUUUUCUUUCAACAACAAUGGACUCUCUGUGUUGCAUAUCGCGGCAAGCUGUGGCCAUCUGGAGAUUUGCAAGUAUUUGGUGGAGGAGCUCAAGGGAGAUGUAAAUGCUCCUGGAUAUGGAGCUGCAGCUUUAGGUGCGACUCCAUUUAUGGGGUCUGCUCAGUCUGGUGAUGUUGCUGCCGUCAAGUAUUUUCUUGAUCGUGGCGGUGAUGUAACGAAAGCAGACGACAAAGGACAAACAGUUCUCCACCAUGCUGUGGCUGCAGGAUGCUGCAAGGUAACAGAGUUCCUCCUUUCAAAAGGAGUGCCGGUCGACAUAGACUACGGCCGUGGAACACCAGCUUUUCUGGCUGCUGUAAAUGAGCAGGAUAAGACAUUGAAGAUUUUGUUGGACCACCAUGCAAAUCCUAAUGUCAUUGUCAGCGGUAUGGUAAAUCCUCUGUGUAUGGCUCUUGUUUACCGUUCAUUAAAGUGCAUGAAGCUACUCAUUAAGGCUGGUGCCGAUGUUAAUUGCAAGGGUUGUGCUAUGACUCCUUUGUUGUUUGCUACGGCGCAAGGAGGUUAUACCAACUACAUUCAGUUCCUAUUGAAGGCUGGAGCAGAUCCUAAUAUUCCCGAUGAUUUGGGUAGGUUGCCAAUAGAGAUUGCUGCGUUACGUGAUUGCAAAGAAGAGGUUGACAUGUUGUUUCCUUUGACUUCCCCAAUUCCAAAUGUCCCAAAGUGGAGUAUUGAGGGAGUAAUUUCUUAUGCAAAAGUUGAAGAUAAAAAGCCGAUGGAGCAAAAGCACCGUGAAAGAAGAAAAGGUUUCUUGAAGUUACAGGCUGAUAUGGCAUUCAAGCAGGAGUAUAAGAUGGCAUCACAGUUUUAUGAUUUGGCAAUAGAUCAUGUAGAGAGUGCAACACUGUAUGCAAACAGGAGUCUUUGUAAACUCCUCAUGGGUGAUGGGGAAGGUGCUUUGUCAGAUGCUCUCAGGUGCAGAAUGCUGCGGCCUGAUUGGGCAAAAGCUUGCUACCGUCAAGCAUGGUUUUCGACUGCAGCUCACAUGCUACUCAAGGAGUAUAAACAAGCAUGUGAUGCUUUCUUGGAUGCACAAAAGUUGGAUCCUGGGAAUGCUGAAGUUGAGUGUGAACUUCGGAAGGCUAGGGAACUCAUGAAGAAUCCUCCUGCUGAAGGUGAGCACUGAGGCAGGCUGCAACAUGUGUCAGUUCUUACUAAAAGUGGAGCUUCUUAUCUGGUCAAACACUGAAACGUGUGAUGAAUCUUGCAUCUUCAGACUACUAAGACGAUUUUGUAUGAGAUUUUCUUGUCUGGCACUUGGAUCGUGAUGGCCAUAUGCAGUUUCUUUUCUUUUGGAUGAGUAUUUUGCAAUUCUAGUUAUUUGGUCUCCUGUGCAAGACUUGUUAUCUUUCAUGAUCUCUCCCAGUCUCUCAGGUAUACAUAACAAAGCUUUAGUGUUGGAUUAUUCA